UGCGAUUACUCCGCCAUUUUUUUGCGCGUUUCAGAAACGCGUUUUCGAUUCGUGGUUUUUAUUUGUGAAAAAAUAUGUGAAAUGCUUCAGCGGCAAGCAGCGAACUGGCAGAAUUAAGAGCACAGGACCAACAGGACUCACAAAUCGACCAGGAGCAGCGGAUAUCCGGAUAUCGUUGCCUGCAAGGGAAGCGAUACGUGCCGAAUGCAGACGCAUGUGUUACGCAGCAGAGUUCCAAUUUUCGCACCGCACAAAAACAUAAUUGGCACAGAAUAUUGGAGAUUUUGUAGUGAGCCAGUAGCAGGAGCCAACAGCCGGCAGCCAUGAGUUUUUCCAGCGACGAGGUGAACUUUCUGGUUUACCGAUACCUGCAGGAGUCGGGCUUUCUGCACUCGGCCUACGUGUUUGGCAUCGAGUCGCACAUCUCGCAGAGCAAUAUCAAUGGCGCCCUGGUGCCUCCGGCCGCACUGCUCACCAUCCUGCAGAAGGGUCUCCUCUACACCGAAGUGGAGUGGAGUGUAGGUGAGGACGGCGAGGUGGCACGCCCCAUUGAGGGCCUCUCGCUGAUAGACGCCGUCAUGCCGGAGGUGAAGCCGCCCAAGCCCAUUGUGAAAACAGAACCGGGAAAGCAGCCCGGCGCAGUGGACUCCUCCGCCCCCGCAGGUGGCAACCAGAACAGUCAGAACUCCAAGCCAGAGAUCAAAAUCGAACCUGGCACGGGAGCAGCGGGCGCAGCAGCCGGCAACAAGACGGCCGGCAGCACUACGGGCACCAGCACGCCGACAGAUCAGACGACCGGCGAGGUGGACUCCAGCGGAAACACGGCAAAUAACACGGGAGGAGCCACAUAUACAGGCAACAAUGGAGCUGGAGGCAAUCAGGCAAGCACCACAGGAACCAAUAACACAAAUACCCCAGCUGCCGGAGAAACAGCACAACCAGGCGCAGGUCAAAAGAAAUCACAGAGCUCCAAUGAGGCGGGCAGCUCAUCUGGCGGCAACGCGGGCAAUGCGAAUGCCACCAGCACCGACGAUGCAGCCUCCUCCACUUCCACAAACGGCAAUAGCAGCACCUCCAGCAGCGUUGAGCAGCCGUCCAGCGGGGUGACGCCAGCUGGCGGCGGCACUGUAUCCACCUCCAAUCCGGAUGCGGCGGCAGCCGGAGGAGCCUCCUCGGCAGCAGGCGCUAAGGUGCCCAGUGGGGCGGUCACGAUUCGAGUGGGAGCCCAAGGAAACAACGUUCAGGCGGGUUCGUCGACGGCCCAGAACUCGGCGCCCAGUGGAACCAUCUCCUCGUCCACCGGUGGAGGCGCCGGAACUCCCGCCGCUUUGGUGCCCAUGGAUAUUGACGAGAGCAUCGAAAUACCCGAGUCCAAGGCUCGUGUGCUGCGCGGUCACGAAAGCGAGGUGUUCAUCUGCGCCUGGAAUCCAAGCAGGGAUCUCCUGGCCAGCGGUUCGGGCGACAGUACUGCCAGGAUCUGGGACAUGUCCGAUGCGAACACCAACUCCAACCAGUUGGUGCUGCGACACUGCAUCCAGAAAGGCGGCGCCGAGGUGCCCAGCAACAAGGAUGUCACCUCUCUGGACUGGAAUUGCGAUGGCUCCCUGUUGGCCACCGGCAGUUACGACGGCUACGCCCGGAUUUGGAAGACCGACGGCCGACUAGCCUCCACUUUGGGCCAACACAAGGGUCCGAUCUUUGCGCUCAAGUGGAACAAGUGCGGCAACUACAUUCUCUCGGCUGGCGUGGACAAGACAACGAUCAUCUGGGACGCAUCCACGGGCCAGUGCACGCAGCAAUUCGCUUUUCACAGUGCUCCAGCCUUGGAUGUGGACUGGCAGACAAAUCAGGCCUUCGCCUCGUGCAGUACGGAUCAGCGCAUCCAUGUGUGCCGACUGGGGGUAAAUGAGCCCAUCAAGACUUUCAAGGGACACACGAACGAGGUGAAUGCGAUCAAGUGGUGUCCGCAGGGCCAGCUGCUGGCCUCCUGCUCCGAUGACAUGACCCUGAAGAUCUGGAGCAUGAAUCGAGAUCGCUGCUGCCACGAUCUGCAGGCGCACUCCAAGGAGAUCUACACGAUAAAGUGGUCGCCGACGGGUCCGGGAACCAAUAAUCCCAACACAAACCUCAUCCUCGCCUCAGCCUCGUUCGAUUCGACGGUGAGGCUGUGGGAUGUGGAGAGAGGUAGCUGUAUUCACACGCUGACCAAGCACACGGAGCCGGUCUACUCGGUGGCCUUCAGUCCGGACGGUAAGCAUUUGGCCUCCGGCAGCUUCGACAAGUGCGUGCACAUUUGGAGUACGCAAACGGGACAGCUCGUGCACAGCUACAAGGGCACUGGCGGCAUCUUCGAAGUCUGCUGGAACUCCAAGGGAACUAAGGUCGGCGCCAGCGCCUCGGAUGGCAGCGUUUUUGUCCUGGAUCUACGAAAGUUCUGAUCUCCUGAGGAGCCGCUGCUGGAUUUCGUCUAUUAAGCAAACGCUUAUAUUAGUCAGGUGUCCUUUUUCAACUCUUAAUUUGGUGGAAAUGGAAUUGAUGAAAUUUCACUUGUGUUAGAUUCGAUUUAACUUUGAUUUACAUUCAUAUAUUACAUUUGCUCGGGCAGUGAAAUAUAACUAGUUCCAAUUCUGCCAAUGUUAAUCGACUUGAAGCUGGAAACCGGGACGCAUGUAACUCCUUUCUUAGCUAUCCCGCCCUGCAAUCUGUAUUUGUAAUUGCUUUAAGUUCUAAUUAGCUCUUUAAGGUUUAACUCUUGAGAUCCUCCCGCUUUUGUUCACGUCUUUUUCGUACGCUUAAUCCCGAGUCACACACAAAACGAGAUGCACCUGGGAUUUCAAAGGCUCCAACUUGGUUGUUGUUCUCUUCCGAUCUGCAGGAUGCGACUCGGCUCUUUUUAAACUUAGUUAUAAGCUCUAUGUUUCUAAGGUCGUACCUUUUUAUACAGAAAUCGUUUAGUAUAACUUUAUGCAUUUUGUUAUUGUGUCGAUCGAAGAUGCCAGCCAACCCAUCAUUUUACCUUUAAGAUGAAGGGAUAUCCAACGAGAUCAGAUUGGACCGAUUCACGCAUACAUUCAGAACAGUGUAACUGCAGCCCCACAUAGUCUGUAAACGAGCAUAAGCCUAAGAAAUAUUAAGAACACAAGAAUGGCGAAAACAAAAACAUCUGCAAAAUCCAUUAAAGAUACAAAUUAAA